AUGUUUUUUACAGAUGUAAGAUUUAUAAGCAAGCUAGCGAGAAACAAACUUAACAAGAGGAGAAGCUGGAUAAAGCGGAAUAAAAAAUGGAUGUUACCUAGGGUUGAGAAAUCGUACCUGAAACAGGAGCAAGACUUCGUCGUGCAGCACAAAACCGUGCCACACGAAACCUUGCCGCGCAAAACUGUACCGCAGAGAGGGGAGUCUGCCCAUGCAGGGGCUGAAGCGGGGCGAGGUGAGGUAAAACAUGAAGAAGCCAAACCUGGGGAUGCACACAGUGCAUAUAGACGCAUCCUAGCGGAGACAACCCGAAAGGGAAAAAAGCAUUUAAAACCCCAUGAGUAUAAGAAGUUGUUGAAAAACAGGGAUAGCAGUGGACGCACCCCUAACGAUGACAAGUUACAGCUAAAGCACCUGCUGCGUAGCGGCAAAGGUGGGGGAACGAACAAGGGGAUACAAAUAGAUAUAAAAGAUUACAAAGACGAUGAGAAGGAAAGGAAAAAAAACGAAAUGAAUACAUUUUGGUACAUGCCAAGUCCCUUUGAAAAAAAAGGUGUGUAUGGAAUGAAGGAACAUUGUUUUUACAAAUCUUUUAUAAGAGACAGGGAAAGAGAACUGGACCAAAUCGACAAGAAAAAGUUAAAUGAAAGUGAACAAAAAUUACUUAGUGAAAUGCGAAAAAAGGGGAACAGUGUUAGUGGCAAACUGCUCGACGAGAGUAUACCUGCCAUGGAUGGAGACCAAAAAAGAGAAAAAAAAAUUCGCAUUAGCCCAAAAAAAUAUUGGUUUCAUGAUACGUAUCGUUCCCCUGAUAUCCCUACCUUGAGCACCGUGAAGGCAAGGGAACUUAGGUUUUUAAUGAUGAACGAAGCUAAGCUGGUUAGGAAGGGGAAAGUUGUGGAUGUGGAAUUAUGGCUAGCUUUUAUGAACCGAGUUUUGAACCUGUCCAGCAAGGUACAUGUACGGAGUCUUCUCCGAUACUUACAAACCAUUGCAUCUGUUAAGGUUAACAAUAAAAAAAUGAUAAGCGAAAUUUUGUGUGAAAUUUUCAAACGAGAAAAUCUUAUGAAGCCAAAACAUUAUGUGUAUCUUUUUCAAGGAUGCUCUAGAUUAAAAUGGUCCGAUUUCCAAUUAAUCUAUGCGCUAAAAAAUAUGACCUUGUGCUGGCCCAUCCUCCGAAAUAACUUCCUGGUCAAAUCGGCCAACUCGAUUAGUAAGCUAGGGUUGGCAAACAGUGUGUAUAGUAAGUCUUUGCAAAUUACGCUUUGUGAACGGCUAGCUAAUUUUUCAGGGAAAAAUUUAAAGGCCAUCAAGGCCAUCACCUUUUUGGAAUUCUUCACGGAGGAAAUGAUUUUGAAAUUCAUUUCUCUUGCCACCUUUUACAAAGAAUAUUUUAAUUAUUACACGCGGCACCUGCAGGUGUUGCAUCUGUACGUUACUCUAUUUUGCCCGUCCUUGUGCGAUAGGUUGACGGCGGAGCAGAGGGCUUUUCUUUGGCGCUACUCGCGCGGUGCCAACUGGAAAGAGAUCCGCGGUAAGGAGAGCCGCUCAUGCAGCAGUGGUGAGGACAGUGACGGGAGCAGCAGUGGUGAGGACAGUGACGAUUGCAGCAGUGAUGAGGAGAGUGACGAAUGUAGCAGUGAUGAGGAGAGAGACGGAAACUCCCACGAAGGCCCCAAAAUAGGAGACAAAAUACGCGGAGGGUUCACAAGCAUGUUACACAAAGAAAUCAGUGACGUCCUCACGCUGAUAAAAAUCGAGCACUUGAAUUCAGUUGCCUGUGGACCAUUCAUAGUAGACAUAUAUCACCCCCGCUCAAAUUAUAUUAUUGAGGUUAAUGCCCCCUUCCAAUAUUAUCUCAACUAUGAAAAACUAACAGCCUUGGCAGAAUGGAGGCACAAGUUUUUGCAGCACAUGGGGUUUAGGCUCAUUCACAUUUCGCACAAGGUGUGGAACAGCUUGCCCACUGAGAAGCAGAAAGUGGAUUACCUCGCGCGCCUCUUGCCGGCGACGAUGUUAGGCACGGGGUCACCAGGGGAGAAGCACCUCGGUGAACAUAACCCCGGUGAGAAUUACCCCGAUGAAAAGUACCCCUGCGAUGAAUUCCCCUGUGAGGAGUUGCCCUGUGAUGAAUUCCCCACUGAGGAGCUUCCCUGUGAGGUCUCCCAGUAG